AUGAGAAUAUCACAAUGGACAGCACAACUUGCGUCUUUGCUGGUGGCAAGUCCAAUCCUGGCACUAGCCAACCCAACUCCAACCCGAACGACAGCCCCGACAUUGGCUUCUACUUACCGAGCUGGUAAGGCAUCAUUGCUGAGGCGUCAAGAUUGUCCUGCUGGCACUUACUCCUGUUCGAACUCAUUGGGUGAAAGCUUCGAAGGCAUAUGUUGCACGACCGGGCAGGUCUGUGAACUAGAUGACAGCAACCGGCCGGCCUGUUGCCCUUCUGGAGCCGUCUGCACUGGAACCGCCCCGACGACAGCUCCUAGCGGCCCGACUGCUGUUUCAUACGUGCCAAAUGAAUAUUUUCCCUUCCCCUUCAUUGCCACAUCUCUCGACCGAAGCGAGUGCUCCUCAGCCGUUCGCCAGUGUUCCAGGAACUACGAAAGCUGUGUCACUCAACUGCAAGGCAAUGCGGGCUUCGGUGUAACCGUAGUCGUCCCUGGCGGAGGUGGGACCACUGUCGCAGCAACCCGGCCGGAUGUUGGUACCUCUGCUACGCCAAUAUGUUCCAGUCUCAGCUCUCGUGCAUGCUAUGGGUUGGAAAAUGACCAGUGUGCAAGGUCGACAACGGUAAACGGUGUCGUCAUCAACCAUGCGGCGCGGCCGACUGCGGCUUGCAUGGCUGGCAUCGCUGCUGGUGUUGGAGCCAUCGUCUUUGGCGCCAUGCGAUGA